AUGGCCACCAGCGUGCUUGCGGCUGGCAGUAGGCUCGCGGCAAGCCAGCUGAAAUACGCUGCGGCGCAGGGGGUUCGCUUGGCAGACAGCUUCAGCCGGGAGGUUGUCGAUGAUAUCUUUGCGUGCGCUCUGAAGAAGCAGACGGGCGUGAGCCUGAAGUACAUGCUUGACUUUGGGUCUAAGCCGAUUGAGCGCCAGCUCAUCCUGUCCGCCCAGUUCCUCCACAACGAGCUGCCAGUGCGGCUGUCGCACCGCGUGGCGGAGCUGGAGAACCUGCCUUACGGCCUGUCUGCCAAGCCGCAUGUGCUCAAGGUGCGCGACUGGUAUGUGGAGUCGUUCCGCGAGCUGCGGGGCUUCCCCAAGGUCAAGGAUGCGGGGGACGAGCUGCAGUUCACACGCCUGCUGCAACACAUCUACCGCCGCCACACCAACGUGGUGCCAGUCAUGGCCAUGGGCGUGGCGGAGCUGAAGCGGGAGCUGAGCCAGGCCAUCGGGCUGGAUGACCUGCCAGACAUCCACCGGUUCCUGGAUGGCUUCUACCUGUCUCGCAUCGGCAUCCGCAUGCUCAUCGGGCAGCACAUCGCGCUGCACGAGCCUCCGCAGCGCGAGAACCACAUCGGCCUGAUCGACACCAAGUGCAGCCCCGCGGGGGUGUGCCAGGACGCAAUCGACGACGCGCGCAACAUCUGCAUGCGCGAGAAGGGCUCCGCGCCCGACGUGACCGUGUACGGCGACCCCUCGUUCACCUUCCCCUACGUGCCCAGCCACCUGCACCACAUGGUGUUUGAGCUCGUGAAGAACAGCCUGCGCGCCGUGCACGACCGGUUUGAGGACGCGGACGACGACCCGCCGCCCAUACGCCUGGUGGUGGCGGAGGGGGAGGAGGACAUUACAAUCAAGGUGUCUGACGAGGGCGGCGGCAUCCCUCGCUCCGGCCUGCCCCGCAUGUGGACCUACCUAUACACCACCGCCAAGAGCCCGCUGGAGGAGAUGGAUAACACAGAGGCGACAGAGGGCAGCGACGGGCCGUCGGUGCUGGCGGGCUACGGGUACGGCCUGCCCAUCAGCCGGCUGUACGCGCGGUACUUUGGAGGGGACCUGUCCAUUAUCUCCAUGGAGGGAUACGGCACGGAUGCCUACCUCCACCUCAACCGACUCGGCAAUGUGCAGGAGCCGCUGCCGUGA